AUGCAUGGUGCGCUGCCAUCCUCCUUUUUUUUGUUACUUUUACUUAAAGCGAAAAAAAGCAGCAGAAAGAAAUUUAAUCUAAGCCAUAGUCGUUGGAAGGAAGGAAGGACUUGCUACCACCGGCACCGGCACGUAUCGCAUCACAGCUUUGGCCGGCCGGCGGUGCAAGAGCUAAGCCCCAUAUAGCGAGAUCAGGCGAGAGGCCGGCUAGCUAGGUCGUCGUCUGCCCCGGCGAAAUGGCGCUCAACUACAUGGGCGCCGCGGCCAUCAACGCGGUGGCGGCCCUGCUGUCCAUCCCGGUGAUCGCGGCCGGCAUCUGGCUCUCCACGCAGGCCGACAACGCCUGCGUCCAGAUCCUCCAGUGGCCGCUCAUCGGCCUCGGCGUCGCCGUCCUCGCCGUCGGCCUCGCGGGCUUCGUCGGCGCCUUCUGGCGCCUGCCCUGGCUCCUCCUCGCCUACAUGGUCCUCAUGCUGCUCCUCGUCGCCGCGCUCGCCUGCCUCGCCGUCUUCGUCUUCGUCGCCACCACCGGCACCUCCGGCCGCCCCGUGCCCAGCCGCGCCUUCCUCGAGUACGACCUCGCCGACUACUCCGGCUGGCUGCGCCGCCGCGUCGCCGACGAGCCGGGGAGGUGGGACGAGAUCAAGACGUGCCUGGCCGCCACCGCGCCCGUCUGCUCCGAGCUCAACCAGACGUACGCCGCGCCGCAGGACUUCUUCGCCGCCUGGCUCACCCCGAUGCAGUCCGGCUGCUGCAAGCCGCCGACGAGGUGCGGCUACACCUUCGUCAGCGCGACCAACUGGAUCAGCCCGAUCGACGGCGCCGCCGACCCCGACUGCGCCGCCUGGAGCAACGACCAGGACCGGCUCUGCUACUCCUGCGACUCAUGCAAGGCCGGGCUGCUGCAGAACCUCCGCCGGGAGUGGCGCCGCGCGGACGUCGUCCUCGCCGUGACCAUCGUCGCCCUCCUUGCGGUCUACGCCAUGGGCUGCUACGCGUUCCGCACCGCCAGGACGGACGAGCUCUUCCGCCGCUACCGGCAGGGCUACACGUAAUUUAAUUUAUUUCUGGAUCCAGCGUGUCACAUUUCCUGAAAAUUUACAUACAUUUGUAAGAUGCAUGUAUGAGACUAUGAGUUUGUCAACCAGAUUUUCAGAAAUCGUCCUUUAAUUCA